UGACCUGUCGUGUUGAACUUUGAUUAGCAUAUUGAUUACAGACGAGUCUAUAGUCAUUUGGGGGAAAUAGGAGCUUUGUGUAAUUAUAUACAAUGUACAUGUAUAUCUGUUAGUUGUUCGUAGUUGUUUAUAAUACAACAAACCUUAUCAUCAGCUGCAUCAUUUGUAUUUAUACUGGUCUAUAUUUAGCGACAAAACUGUUAACAUGUGAAUAAUUGAUCACAUAGUUACCUGAAUAUGUGUAAACCAUGCAUCAAAAAUAAAUGAUACAAUCCCUGUGUUGUCAAAAUAAAAUUGUAACAAAAACGAAAGGUCUAAAACAGAACCCUGCUGGGCACAGUAGUAUUACUAAUCAAUAUGUUUUGUUUACACAUCUGUGCACCAAUGGAACAACCUACUUUGAUUAUUCCACGAAAAGUUCAACGCGACAAGUAAUUCUUAUUUUGACUAUACGUUUUACAGUAAUUUAAAAGUAGAUAAUCCAGGUCAUAUGUGAAAAUUUCAUCCAUGUAUAUUGGGUACUUUCGUCAAAUUUCAGUUUGAUUCAAGGACACAUCUCCUAAAAUGAAUAGUGUUCUGGGCCUAUCAAUACAGUGUAUGCCCCUCAUGAGCUUCAAUGGUUAAACGGACUCGAUUGGGCAUUGAAUUGACCAGAGUCUUGGCCCUCCUUCUUGGUAUACGGUUCCAUUUCUCAUCCAGCGACAAUAUCAUCUGAGCGAUGGACAAUUUCUAAGUACGUUUGUCUUACAUAGAUAUAUACGUUUUUGUUCUUAAUUACUGUAAUUCUUCACAAAAAUGCAUUUUUAUGAUGAAACUACUAUUGCACAUAGACUAGACCUUAACACAACACCAAUACCACUUGUCAUUUAAAGCAAAACUUUAAUUAUCGAUAAAACGGGGACAAAAUAUGAAUAGACAGCUUAACAAGUAUGCAUUUGCAUAUGAUAAGACCAGCUGUUUCUGAAGCGAAUGCGUCUCCUGCGCCACCGACGGCACCUACGCUGAAAUCAGGUAAGGUCACGUCACUUCAAAAACCACCGGACAAGUUGGCGUGAGUAAUGCUGAUCUUUGUAUCACAAAGAGUAUAUUUCUCACAGAGCUCAUAAUCACGACCCUAGAACUCACCAUUAAGUAUAUACGUACUUAAUCUCUGUAAAAGGAAACUUGAUACAUAUCGUUUACAAACAAAUAAUACGAAAUUGAGACUGAAUACCCGCAGUUUACAGCCAUCGUUUGAUAUUUACUCUGUAGGGAACGCCAGUUUACAUUCAUUAUCAGGUAUUCAUUCUGUCAAUUACUAAAUUUAUAUUUUAAUGAGAGAUAUCCACUUGUUCUUUAUGUAAAACCCUCCUGCUUGUGACGAAGAAUCAAUGUCUGAGAUAUUCUUUCAUUACAAUAAUCUAAGAACAUUUUAAAGUGCCACUUUAAACAUUGAUUCUGUAGAGCAGUUUCAAUAAUGUGUAUACGUGUGUAUCGUCUGCCAUGCGAAUUGCCGAUUGUGUUCGUUUAAUCAUAUCUAUUUUUAACGUUGAAUAUGUAUGUUGUUAACAAUUAGUGCGACCCGACAGUCUGACAAUAGGUCAGUAACAAUAAUAUAUGUAUUUAGCCCGUAAUAUACAUACCAGGUAUAUACCUUGUCCUAGUGCUGAAUUUUAAGAGACAAAAUGGCGGGUGUUCUGUGUACUGUGUUGAUACUGACAGUCGCUGUAGCCUUCGUGGACGCAGGGUGGUGCUGGAACAAUCACGACAACUGGUUUACCAAGUGGUGUGAUCAUGGUUGCUGUGGUGAAUCGCAGAACAUAUGUUGUACAGUCGACGACGAUGACGACAACGACGACGACAACGACGACGACAAUUUAUCUGGAGAAGAUAUCGCCGGAAUUGUCAUUGGAUCCGUGAUUGCUUUAGGCCUGGUGGUCGGGGCCAUCAUCCUGGCUCUGUAUUUCUUCACUACCUGCUGCCGGGAACAAACCACACGCCGAGGAAUUGUAUAUGCGAACGGUACUACCAACCCGGCCAUAGCCUCGACUAACAUCAAUAUGGCGACUUACCCUACUCAACAGCCCACAGUUACCCAGACAACAUACCAGUACCCACAGCAGAUGCAACCGACACCUACAGCCGUUGUCUACAACAGUUCCGGGUUUAUAUAACUCAUCUCACGAGUGCAUGAUGGAGGUGGAUGUUAGCAACGUGCUGGGCAUACCACGUAACGUACGUGUUAUAUCACGUGAUCAGGGACAUUUCUUACAAGAAGAAUUGAAAUUGAUAUUUAGAUAUCUUAAUUUUGUUUUGUUAAUUCAGAGAAAUAUUGAUAUUUUCUUUUGUUUUCCUAACCAUUGUUUCUGUUGAAUUAACUGGAUUACCGAAUCCAUAUCUAGAUAGAUACAGGAUUGUAGCCUGUCAGAUUCGGAGUCUCCGUUUGGCCCAAAUUUUCAGUUAUGGGGCUCAUAACUUCUUUUUGAUGUAUACUUCUUGUUCAGUUUUAGAACGACUUUGUUGUAGUUUUGUUUUUAACUAUUGCCGAUGUAUAAUUCCUGUUUAACUGAACAAAGUUAAACAACAGUUUCCAAAAGUGCCAAUACAUUCCAAGAGAUAAUUAUAAAUAGUAAGAAAGUCAGAAAUUGGUUUCGGCUUUGAGCAUCUGGUGUAUAUUCAAUUUUUUUUCUCUUUGAACACUUUAUGUAUUGUUAUGUUUUUUAAGUUUUUAACUAUUGCCGAUGUAUAAUUCCUGUUUAACUGAACAAAGUUAAACAACAGUUUCCAAAAGUGCCAAUACAUUCCAAGAGAUAAUUAUAAAUAGUAAGAAAGUCAGAAAUUGGGUUUCGGCUUUGAGCAUCUGGUGUAUAUUCAAUUUUUUUCUCUUUGAACACUUUAUGUAUUGUUGUGUUUUUUAAGUGCCAUAUACGAUUAUGUAAAACGAGAUGUAUUCUCUUUAUAUAUUUGUCUCGUAUCGUGUUUAGAAUCUUAAGACAGUGUAUAUAGAUAUAAUUCAAGGCAGUUUGAUAGUUGUAUGUGUUCUGUCAAUAGUUAUGAGAAUAAAUAGACAUUUGAAAACGUGUAAUCCAAUAUCAGGGAGCCAUCUUAAAUUAGUUUUAUUUAUCUAAAAAUAACUAUUGUGACAGGUCUUUUUAGGAUAUCAAUAUUUUUUAUUUCAUUAUGGUUAAGAUGACUGAUGAUCCAAAUGUUAAACUAUGAUUUAUACUUUGUAACUAUAUAUUUGUACAAUGUUAUUUAAUAAACAAAUUGAUUGAUUGAUUGAUUGUGGACAUAUAAAAAAAUAUUUUUGUCAGAUAUGAUGUGAUCAUGUAGAUAGAAUGGCUAAAAUGGCUAAUGUUUUUUCAAUAAACUAACUUGUUUUAA